AGUAACAUGAGGGUUGUGGUCCUGUGGGGGGUGCUGCCCCUGCUGUGUCAAUACACACUGGUAGGCAGCCACGUUUUGGGAAGGACGUCUUCGCCCGAUGACCUGGCCCAGCUCAGGUCUCUGCUCGAGCGCUUUGAGGAGACUCUGGCAGAAGCAGUCCAGGAGGACGCCUCUGAAAUGGAUUACGCAACGCUGAACCAAGAACCAGAACGCAGCCAGUCCAACCGAGGGUGGAAGACGGAGCAGGUCAGGGACCAAGAAGCUGCGACAGUGGAAAGAUCCCAAGCAGCGGCUGAAGGCCAGAGCCAGGCAUCGAGUCUGAGGAGCCGACUGCUGGACCUGCUGGUGACGGCCAGAAAGCGGGCGUCGGGCUGCUUCGGGGCCAGGAUGGACCGGAUCGGGAAUGCCAGCAGUCUGGGGUGCAACACUGGAAGAGGAUAGGUUGAAUCUUCUGUGGGAGACGCGUGGGAUCCAUUUAUUGUUUAUUACCAGAAGUUAAGUUAAUAUCUGACAUUACAUUGUGUAUGUGUCUAUUCAUAUCUUGAUUGUGCGGACAAAAUCAUGAAUUGUGUGACGAAUCCAUCACACUGGAUGCUGUACAACGAUGGCACAACCAUCGCCG